GAAUCAGCGCUGGUUACUGGCGCUUCCAUUGUUUUUCCAUUUUUGUAUUAUUAUUAUUAACCAGUCACAAAGGGACUGAGAUUUUGUAGCAAGUGUUAAAAGUGGGUAAGUACGGCAUUUCAUAAAACAUCUGAAACGCUGCAAGGAGGUUUCGCUUUGACUACUCAACCUACCGCACCUUUGUUGCAAUACCUGGUAACGCCCCUUGAUUUUGGUCUGAAGAAACUGAUAUGGAUUACCUAACUUUGGGAAAAGUUUUAAGUAUUCACAUGUAGGAGUGAUGACACUCUCUCUUAUCGUACUGCAAAUCUGUCAGUCAGGUAUACUGAUUGAAUAAUAUUUACAUAAAUCAUCUUAAAACACCGCGCUUACAAACAAACGUUUAUUCGGAUUCAAACGAAUCUGACAAAGCUGAAACUGGACAGCAUUCCAUCACUUUCAACAGUAUCCUAUUUGUUCUACAGUAGUGUACUCCAUAACUUCCGUGUUUUUCCUCUGAGAAACGACAACUAGUUGUAGCUUUACUAUUACAAAAAGCAGAUAGAAAAUUAACGUGAUGACUACAGAAAACACCAUCAACGGGAUUGCUCUCAUCGAAAUUAAAGAAACAGAGGAAGCCACCGAAAACAGCCACGCUAUGGAUGUGAUCACCCCUAAUGAACAGGAAAACAUGAACAAUGGGAAUGAGGAAACAGAGGAAGCCACUGAAAUCAACCAGUUAUGUCCGAUGAGAGAUGAGAAUUCUCCAAAUGAACAGAAUGAAACAAACAGAGGAAAGCAAAGGUGCCGCUACAGGAGUAGAUACGUCUUCUGGAAAUGCAAGCUGUGGAUGUGCAUUUUAUCAGUUUUUAUAGUGUUGGCUAUAGCAACUGUAAUCGGUCUGGUUCUCUAUUCAGUGGUGCAUGUGGAUGAAGAUGAAAAGAUAGAUAAAACACUGUAUGUUGUUUCUCGAUAUUAUAAUGGCACUCUAAGAAUAGUAAACCAAGAAUUUACACCAGAAUUGCUUUUACCCAAAUCCCAGAAGUCUGAAUUCUUAUCAGGGCAGCUAAAGGACAUGCUUUCAAGAUUAUACAGUUCGUCUCCUGCUUUGGGCCGCUACUUUGUUAAUGCAGGGUUAAACUCCUUCAGCAAUGGCAGUGUCACUGCAUAUUACUGGCUCAAGUUUGAAAUCCCAUCAGAGCACAGUAAGCUGAUAAAGUACACCCUCAGUGAAGAGGUCCUAGUUAACGUUUUCCGACAACAUUUAUACGACCAGGAAUUAGAAGAGAACAGAAAUUUACAUAUUGAUCCAUCAUCUCUGUCGCUACAAGUUGCUGAUGGAAAAGGUGUUACAUCUUAGAACCAGUGACAUAGCAAGUGAUGGAUUCAUCUUUGGGAAGCUUCAUUGGACUUUGUUUGUUCUUUCAUAUUCUACUCACGUUCUAGAUUCUUUACAACAGACAAUUUCAUAAACUGGUGUGUUGGAGUUUCAUUUUGUAAGAAUGAUUGCUUAACAGAAAAUGUUAUACAUGUCUGAUAAGCGUACAGUACACUGUGAAGAUGAGGUGCUGGCAAACAGGAAUCCAGUUUGACUAUUUUUUAUAUUGCUUCUGGGGGACUUAAACCUACAAAUGCAACUAUGAUGUCAGCUUUCUCACUACAAAUAAUAUGAAACCCAAGAAUUCUUACCCAUUUAAAUGUUUUAUUUUUCGAUAUUUACAAGCACGAGCUUGGUAUUUUUUUUUACUUGAAGUUUUACUUCAAGGCAAUUGGUUUUUCUCUUUACAUUGCAUAACAAGGAAAGCAAAUUAUUUUGUAUUAAAUAUACCUGGACAUGCUGUUUUAUUUUAUUUUGCAUAAUUAUGUAUAUAUUGUCAUGUCAUGUGUGUCCAAACUUUUUUAAAUGUCUUUUACAAUUUAGUAAUUCGUACAAAAUGCAAACGUCGAUUUAUAUACUAAUGUAGUAAUCGGCAUUAAAUGAGAAUGGAGAAGAAAAAUAAGUGCUUUUGUUUGAAUGAUUUUAAUGAAUGUUGUAUUAUUGCAAAACUUGUUCAAAUUGUUAUUUAUUUGAAAACAACAAGAACAGAAUUCCCCACCCAAUUUAUUUUUGUGGGCUUAUUGUCUAGCAAAGUGGGGGGAAAGCUACAGUACUUUGAAGGGGUGUGCUAGAGUAUAUAAAAAUGAUAACUGGGUAAAAAGGUACUGUUAGAAAACAAGUGGUUGAUGUAAUGGGGUUAUGGUCCGAACUUACCCCCACCCGCAAUCACAUUAUUUACUCAGGACCACGGAGGUCUUUAACCACGCAGGAAACAGCCUCUUGGUAGUAUUCACAGGUAUACAUAUUUAUUUUGCACUGGAUACUUCACUCAGAUUAUGAAUGACAACUGAUGCUCACAGACUAACAGGUUGUAAAUACAAUGACUGACAUUCACAUAGACAAACUCACGACGAUCCUAAUAACCCUCUGCCCCCUCCUAAAGAAAGACAUGGCAUUAAAUAAUCCCCAGCCCCGCCUACUCCUAACAGUAUUAAUUAUUUAAUAAACAGUUGCACCUGGAAUAAUUUUAUACAAAAAUAAACUUAUUUAAUAUUCAUACUUUUACAGUAAACAUUCUUAUAUUUUACAUUACAUGUUUCUUCUCAUGUAUUUGUUAAACCUGCAUGAAUAUGAUCGUUAACUAUUAUAUUGUUUACUUGUUAGUAGUAUGAUUAGCAGCAGUGUGGAGUAGUGGUUAGGGCUCUGGACUCUUGACCGGAGGGUCAUGGGUUCAAUCCCUGGUAGGGGACACUGCUGCUGUACCCUUGAGCAAGGUACUUUACCUAGAUUGCUCCAGUAAAAACCCAACUGUAUAAAUGGGUAAUUGUAUGUAAAAAAUAAUGUGAUAUCUUGUAACAAUUGUAAGUCGCCCUAGAUAAGGGCGUCUGCUAAGAAAUAAAUAAUAAUGAUUAUUUUUUAGUCCUUAACUAUUACCAGUAAAGACUGAGAGUUAGCUUUAUACUGAACAUAUGGCUAUAACAAA